GUGAGAUAUAUUAAAUAUACCCGCGGAACAAAAGCUCCUGUUCGACUACUCUCAAUUCUCCAAAAAUGGCAGCCAUUUUUUCAUUUUCUUCGACCGUCUCCCAUCUCAAUUCCCUGAACUAUUCCUUGAUUCGCCAACCAAAUCCUCGCCGGAGUUUUCUAAGAACUCGCUGCGCCGGGGAGAACCCACCAAGCAAUUCGGCGACCGAGCCUGAAAAUGCUUUGCUUAAGGUAGCUUGGAAUGCCUCCGAGCUUUUGGGAAUCGCCACUUCCUUCUUCCGAUCGCCAAUCAACGCCGAAGCUGGUGAAGUGGCUCUUGAGCUCGCCAGAGAUGCGUCGGGAUUGGUCGACCGGGCCGUGAUUGUGAAAGCCAUCAAAGAUGACUUCGAAAGAUCCUACUUUGUCACAGGUAACCUUACACUUGAUGCUUAUGAAGAGGACUGUGAAUUCGCCGACCCUGCAAGCUCCUUCAAAGGACUUCGUCGUUUUAAAAGGAACUGUACGAACUUUGGGUCCCUUCUUGAGAGGUCGAAGAUGAAGCUUAUGAAGUGGGAGGACUUUGAGGAUAAGGGAAUUGGUCACUGGAGAUUUAGCUGUGUGCUAUCAUUUCCAUGGAAGCCCAUUCUUUCUGCAAGCGGUUACACAGAGUAUUUUUUUGAUCCACAGUCUGGAAAAGUAUGCAGGCAUGUGGAGCAUUGGAAUGUUCCCAAAAUGGUAUUGCUGAAGCAAAUUUUUAGACCUAGCAGGAGGUUGUGAGUUAAGAUAAGAUAACAGGUGACUGAAGAAACUUGUUGGCGAACCUUAUAGGUAAGCUAAUUGAAGUUUCAGAGAGAUAAAGAUAUAUGUCCAAAUCAAGAAUCAUGUACAUUAUGAAUAUUAUGCAUUUUGAGUUGAGCAUCUCAAUUCUCUCUAUUCCAGUUUUGGUGUCUUUACCUGUAAUUAGUUACAUAUUUCAUUUUCAUAUACAUGUUUUUAGAUA